AUGCCUCUGGUGAAGGACUGCUUCUGUUCUUCUCUGGAAGGAGAGAAGUGGAAACACAAGAAGAAGUGCCUGGUGCAGAUCCCCAACUGCUGCUUCAUGGACAUAACGUGCCAAGGAUGCUAUAAAAUCACCACUGUCUUUGGGUCUCAAGUGGUGGUCCCAAUGGUUGAUUGCUUCACUGUCCUCUGCCAGCCUACUGGAGGAAAACCAAAGCUUACAGAAGGAUGCUCCUUCAGAUGGAAGCAGCACUAAAAGCUCUCUGAAUUAAGAUGAAUGGGGAAACAUACCAGUGAACACAUCCUGGAUUAAAAAAAAAAAUUCUGUCCUUGCUGGGAGUAUGGAUUGACCAGUCGACGUCCAGGUUCAGCGGGGAAGCAAUUACAG